GCGGUUUGUUAUCAACACCGAAACCUUUAGACGACCAGAAUUUCUAUAAGUAGGCUAUCGCAGAGGAUUAGGGAUGCACUGAAGGUCGUUGUAAGACUUAAAGCGCAAAUUUUGGAUUUUAAAAAGACUAGAAACACCGUGUGACGACGGUGAUACCAGCUUGAUAGCAAACGUUACCGAGCGAACAGGCCAGCUGCUGAGCUUGCUGCUUUGCCAGUUACCAACGUUAGGUCGAUAACGUUAACAACAAGGAAGGAAAAUGUCGGUCGAGCCGAUUAUUAUCAGACUAGAAACGGCCACUGGGGACUCGAGUACAUUCCCGGUGGUUUUGAAGAAGAUAAUGGAAAUGCCUCCGCCGAAUAUUCUGGACGGCGACGACGACACCGACAAGGAAAAGCUGUGUCUGGGAAAUGAUGUGGAAUUGGGCGGGGGAGGAAGUGAUAUGGGCCCUUCAGCUGCCCUGACCCCUGCUAUCUGGGAGAAAACCAUUCCCUACGAUGGUGAAAACUUCCACCUGGAGUACAUGGACCUUGAGGAGUUCCUCAUGGAGAAUGGCAUCCCCACCUUGCCUGAUGAGGACCCCCAAAAGGGCAGCCCAGAAGGAGACAGCACAAAGAAAGGGAAAAAGGCUACGCCCUCUGUGCAGGUGAAGCAUACCAAGCCAGCAAGUGUGUCCCCAGUGGCCCUGCUACCCAUUCAGGAGUUGGACAAGUGUAGGGAGGAAGUGCUGAUCAUCAAGAGUGAUUCUGAUAUCAUCUGUGAUGUCACUGCAGAGGUGACCACUGAGGACAGAGCGACCCCUGAGUCCAUCGACCCCGAUGAGAUUGAGGUCGAGAUCAACUACGAGCCAGAUCCCACGGACCUGGUCCUGUCGAGUGUGCCCGGAGGCGAGCUGUUUGACCCUCGCAAACACAAGUUCACUGAUGAUGAGCUCAAGCCACAGCCUAUGAUCAAGAAGGCCAAGAAGGUGUUUGUGCCUGAAGAACAGAAGGAUGACAAAUACUGGCAGAGAAGGAAGAAGAACAACAUGGCUGCCAAACGCUCACGUGACGCCCGCAGGUUAAAGGAGAACCAGAUCACCGUCCGAGCGGCUUUCCUGGAACGCGAGAACGCAGCGCUGCGGUCAGAAGUCGCAGAGCUACGGAAGGAGUGCGGGCGUUACAAGAACACAGCGAGUCACUAUGAAGCCAAAUUUGGACCACUUGCGGUGCCGGAAGACCAAUAGACAACAAUUGAUUUAUUCAUUUAUAUUUCUGAUGAAGAAAUAAAUCAAACCGAUGGGGUUGGGAUGUGCACUAUAAUCGAUCAGAUGAAGAGGAGGAGGGUGUGACUGCUGUUGGCAUGGAGAUGCAAUAGUACGUAAAGACCUGACAUCUUAUUCUUGAGGGUUUUUUUUUUUUAAUAAUAAUUCGAUUUACCAUCCAUGUGAGUGAGAGGAGUGUGAGGAUAUUCAAGUGCUUCUUCAGUGCACCUCUUUGAUGAAGUGUACUUAUAUCAUGUCGUGUAUGUAUGCGUUUGGCCGAAAGAGAUCAUUUGUGAUGUUUAUUAUGGAGACACUGUUGGUUUUGUUCUAUUUUAUUUUUCAACGAUAGACGAUAGCAGUUGCAAUAGUUUAAACAGAGUAUUAGUCGUUAUUACGGUUUUGUAGAAAUAAACUUGCAGGUUGCUUCCAGUUCUUUCCACAUUUGAAUGAAUUCCGAAACCCACCUGAUGGUUUUUGUGAUGAACUGGGCUUUUCUUUGCCCACGAAAACUAAUAACUGUGACAUUUCCAAUAAUUUUAAGCUUGUUCAGGGGAUUACAGUGAUGUGGCAAAAAAAAAGAAGUGCAGCCAUGUUCACUUCUCUUCAUGUAUACAUACUCAUGACCAGUGGGGCAGAGCCACACAUUACCACUCAUAGUCGCUCUUGUGCCGUUUUUAGUCUCUGAGCAGGAUGCCUGGUUUGCUCUCUGCAGGUUUUUAAAGUCGACUUGUCCAUUUACGUCAGUAACCUUCACAAGUAUUGUGUGUAGAAUCCACUGAUGCAUGGACUGUAAAUAGUUUUAGCCUAUGAUAAUGCUUUGUAGACUCUCCCCUCCAUCAUGUUACAAUGUAUUCAGUAUCACUGGACAUUAAAACUCAGAUACAAGUCAGGUUUUUAAAGAAACUUGGAUUUGGAUAAAUAUGAAGCAGUGAAAGUAAAUUUAUUGUAAAUUCCCAAAUUAUGAGUGGCUCUCAGAUGCAGGAUUUAAAUUAGUGCCUUAGUGCGACAGAUUGAUAGAUAAACGUAAUUAUCAUUCAAAUCCACACUGUCAGCAGUGCACAUACAAACGAAAUUGUUGCAAUUGACACUGUAUGAAAAUGUGGAUAAAAACUACAAAUCAGCAGCGAAGUGCUGGUGCAAACUAUAAAAAAAAAAGUACAUUUGCAGUGGCGAAUACAAGUCCUUCGAGCUCAGUGAAAGUGAGAAGAGGGUUAUUGAGCUCACAUUUUCCAGUUAUUUACUGUAAUUAGAAACCUAUUGUGAGGGGUGAAUGUGCAUUUAUAUUCUAUCACUUCAGUUUUUAGGGUGUGCUGACAUUUAUCAACCAUGUUUCUUAUUUGUGUCUGAACUUCUCUGUUCGCUCUGAAACAUGUAAGCCGUCAGCGUCUGUUACCAGCUGAUUUUUAAAACGAUAUAAUAAUUUGACAAACCAGGAAGCCUCAGUAGGUGCAGACUGUAUUGGGGCGUCUCUCAUUAAUAAUUGAACCCCAAAAACUCCUCAAGCCAUUUCAAUGCACAAUCUGCCAGUUUACAGGGGGGCAUAUUGUGUAAGACAACACCUAAACCCAGGAUUAUUUCACUGUCCACUUUGGACAAAAAGGGAAAGUUGUUGUUUUGCUCUUUUGUUGCUGUGCUUCCAAUAGAGAUAGUGACUUUUUACCUAAAUAGAUUGAAUAUUUUGGUCUGUUUUUGUGGGAAGGGGUUUCCAUGUGUGAGGAAUUAAACUAAUAUAGGUUCUUUUUUAAUAUCACAGCCUGCAGAAAAUGCAUUUUUAUUUGUUUGCACGUGCUCUUUUGUUAAACCGAGACAAGCGCAAUCUUUCUUAAAACUAAAAAUCAGGACGGUAACAUUUGCCCAAAUACUUUUACUCCCUGCAUCAUUACUUUCAGGUAACACAAGUGACAUUAUCAACAGAAGGGUGUAAUUUUUACGUUUCAUUUUUUUAGUACAACUCUGACAUUAUUAGUGACGAACUUCCUGACUCAGUAUUUUUUUAAUACUCUAACUAUAUAUAAAUCUAUAUAAAUCCGCCUUUUAUCUGGAACAGGUCAAUUUAACUUUGAGGGUUUGUUUUUAACCUUCCUGGUUCUGUUUUUAUUUCUUUGUAAAGAAAAGUCUUGGCAUUAUGACUGUGGCUACCUUUUGUGUCUUGUAUAUAAAGUCUGUAUAAAUAAAGCCUUGUUGAGAAAGUC